AUUAUUUUUCUCAGUUAUCACUGAUUGAUUGAUUGCCGACAUACACACAAAAUGAAAGCCAUUUAUUUGAUUGCACUGUUGGUGUUGUUGUCGUCAUCGGUGGUCAUCAUCGAGUCGUCGAAAGAGUUUUGCGACGAAUUCCGUAGGAAUGGCUAUAAAAUUGAUUUCGCAAUGAGUUUGUAUAGACUGUACGGACAUCGCGAAGAUACGAUCCUAUUCUUCAUGGGUAACACCUACUGGAAGUUGUCGUUUAUCGAUGGUAUAGACAAAACUGUUACUAUUGAUUCGGUGAGUGCCGGUACGUCCGAUUGGCUGACCGGUACCAACUAUUCGAUGGCCUGGUCUUUCCGAUUCGAUGCCAACGAAGCUAAGCCGCUAUUAGCCGAUCAGGACUAUCCUCCCUGUCGUGUCGGUGCUCUACAGAAAGAUUUCUAUACCAUUGAUUGGGUGGAAACUUCAUGCCGUAACUUGAAUUUUGCCCGUUGGGUCAAAUCAACGACACUUACCAGUAGUCGGGAAUUUACUCCGUCCAUAAUGUGGAUCCAUUUAAACGAAACUCGAGUUAUGACAAUAUUUGGCUACCGAAACGGUGUCCAACAGUUUUUGGUUAAUAUUACCCAACCAUACCUAAGGAAGAUAAUACGUACUUCUUAUUACCUCGAGUUUCAAGUUAAUCCAAACAUUAUGGCCGUUAGCCAACGAUUUACAAACUAUUGUAAACAACCAUUUUGUCGGUCAUCGUCAUCAUCAUCAGCUACAGCUGGUGAUAGUUUGGUAUCCAUUGUCUUUAUGAAUGACAGCAAAACUAUUCAAUAUUGUUUUGAGGAAAAGCCUUCAGAGGGUCUUCACCCGAAUUGUGAUCGAUUAGAUAUUAAGUUAUUGAUUGAUUGUUCGCCGCAUAUCAACCAAUUGGUGGUUAUAACGAUAGUUACUUUAGGUAUGAUUGUGAUCAUAAUAUACAUAAUAUUUUUGCCCAUCUAUGAUGUCUAUCGUAAGAUAUUUGAAACUUAUAGCAAACAGUUGUAA